AUGGUCAACAUGGCCAACCUCACUGGGAGCUUUGUCUCACCAUCCGCGGAUGCGACGGUCUCGCCUCAACUCUUCGCGCCGGCCGGUCUAGUGGCCACCAUCCUGGAUGGCUUCACGAUCUGGAAGGGCAUCUUGACCCUGUUCAUUGCUGCCGUCCUCUACGAUCAGUUCAAGUACCACUACCUCAAGGGUGCGAUCAUUGGCCCUAUGUACAAGAUUCCUUUCAUGGGCCCGUUCCUUCAAUCUGUCAACCCCAAGUUCACUGAAUACAAGGCCAAAUGGGACAGUGGUGACCUGAGCUGUGUCUCCGUCUUCCACAAGUUCGUUGUGAUUGCCUCCACUCGUGACAUGUCCCGCAAGAUCUUCAACUCGCCCGCGUACGUCAAGCCUUGCGUCGUGGACGCCGCGCACAAGCUUCUCGGAAAGACCAACUGGGUCUUCUUGGAUGGCAAGGCCCACGUCGACUACCGCAAAGGUCUGAAUGGACUCUUUACUCGUCAGGCUCUGGCUAUGUACCUUCCCCGCUCCGAGGAAGUCUUCAACGCCUACAACAAGCGCUUCCUCGAGAAGUCUGCUGCCCUCAAGCACACUCCCACCCCGUGGAUGUCCGAGUUCCGUGAGCUGAUGUGUGCUCUGUCCUGCCGUACCUUUGUCGGCUACUACAUGACCGACGAAGGUGUCCAGAAGAUUGCGGACGACUACUAUCUGAUCACUGCCGCGCUCGAGCUUGUCAACUUCCCUAUCAUUCUGCCCUACACCAAGACCUGGUAUGGAAAGAAGGCCGCCGACAUGGUGCUUGCUGAGUUCACCAAGUGUGCUGCCAAGUCCAAGGCUCGCAUGGCUGCCGGUGGCGAGAUCUCUUGUAUCAUGGACGCCUGGGUCAAGGCCCAACUGGACUCUGCUGUCUACCGUGAGAAGAUCGCCAAGGGCAUCCAGGUUGACUCCUCAGAGAAGCCAUCCCAGGUCCUGCGUGAUUUCUCCGACUUCGAAAUUGCCCAGACUAUCUUCACUUUCCUCUUCGCCUCCCAGGACGCCACCAGUGCCGCCUCCACCUGGUUGUUCCAGCUGAUGGCUGACCGCCCCGAGAUCCUCGACAAGGUUCGUGAGGAGAACCUGAACAUUCGCAACGGUGACCGCGACCUUCCCGCUACCAUGGAAAUGCUCGACAACAUGCCUUACACCCGUGCCGUCGUCAAGGAGACUCUUCGCUACCGCCCUCCCGUCAUCAUGGUUCCUUACCUUGUCAAGAAGGACUUCCCCAUCAGCGAGACUGUCACCGUCUCCAAGGGCUCUAUGAUCAUUCCCUCUGUGUGGCCAUCUUGCCACGAUGAGGAGGCCUACCCCAACGCCGACUCCUUCGACCCUGACCGCUGGAUCACCGGUACCGCUGAGGCACAGACCAAGAACUGGCUGGUCUUCGGCACAGGUCCCCACUACUGUCUGGGUCAGACCUACGCUCAGCUGUCUCUGAUGUCCAUGAUUGGCAAGGCCAGUAUGGUGAUGGACUGGGAACACACUCCUACUCCCGAGUCUGAGGAUAUCAAGGUGUUCGCUACCAUUUUCCCCCAGGACGACUGUCUCCUCACUUUCCGUCCCCGUCCUUAA